AUGAAGACCGCCACUAUUCUUCUCGCCUUCAUUAGCACCGCUUGGGCCGGAUGUUACACAACUGGUGACGACUUUCAAAACAAAGACAACGCUCGUUUCAACGCUCAAAGAGCGUGUGAAGGCUAUGACGGCAAUGCUGGAGCUUUCCAGGGCACCUUCGCGCCCGGGGAGGCCAAGAGCGUCUGUGUUCAGGGCACGACUACGCAAAAGUACAACAUGGUUGUCCAGAAUCUGAACCUUGAUUCUUCAUUCGAUCUCGCGGAUGCUGAUUGCACCCUCCGUCUUCACAAUGAAAUCAAUGGCUGCGACAAGGGUGGCGAGUCUGACGUUGCUGGCUGGCACUUCCGUGUCGAUCCCAACAAUGGCAUUUGCUAG